AUGACAUCUUCGCCAAACACACCAUCCGGUGUGGAAUCGUUCGAGGAUGUCUUCACAAAUGGAGACCUAUCACCCAACCCUGUCAACAAACUUGGUGUGGGAGGAGGAGGUGGCAUUCUGAAUUCUCCAAAGAAGGAUGGACGUUGUGGGUUUACUUCUCCCCCACCACCCUCCCCGCUCAGACAGAAAUGUGUCAAUCUUCAUAACUUUGCUACGGGCUCGCAGUUCGUUGACUCCCUGCAUCACAAGGCAUCUACGAGUGAGUCCCCAUGUUCCGAUACACGUUGCAGAGGGUCAAUUGUUGCCCCCUCUAAGCCUACUGGCUCACUACCACGCCCAACAACAGAGGUUCGGAAACAAGCUGUUGAAUUCAUUGGACAGUUCUACACACAUAAUAACAGAUUUGGCACCGAAGCACAUGAAAGUCGUGUCUCAGAAGUUGUUACAUCCAUUGAGACAACCGGAACCUAUCACCUUAGCGAAGCAGAACUGAACUACGGAGCCAAACUAGCAUGGCGUAAUGCUCCAAGGUGUGUUGGACGUAUCCAGUGGACAAAGCUACAGACAGUCACUGUACAAACCUAUGUGAAUGUCAAAUAUCGAUGUACCUAA